AUGAGCGUCGGCGCCCAGCGAGGCCUGGCCAGCUCGGGGCAGAAGCACAUCGCGGACAUUCUCCACCCGCUAUCCGCCGCCGACGAGCCGCUGUCCCCGGGGCAAGAUGUCAGCGUCAGCACUGUGGAGGACAAGGAGACGGGGCUGUCCAAUGGCACGCCGGUGGACACGCCCAGUCCCGCCUCUGGAUCGUCGCUUUUCAACAGGCUGCAGCUGGACGACAUCGAGUCAGAUCCCCAGGACUGCUACGGCUUCACCGAAACGCGUGACCUGUUUGUCACGGUGGAUGACCCAAAGAAGCACGUCUCUACCAUGGAGACUUACAUCACCUACAGAGUGUCCACAAAGACAACGCGGAUCGAGUUCGCCCUGCCGGAAUACUGCGUGCGACGCCGCUAUCAAGACUUUGAUUGGCUGAGGAUCAAACUGGAGGACAGCCAGCCCACCCACCUCAUCCCUCCCUUACCAGAGAAGUUCGUUAUGAAGGGCGUGGUGGAUCGUUUUUCAGAAGAGUUUGUGGAAACGCGCAUGAAAGCGCUGGACAAGUUCUUGAAGCGUGUUGCGGACCACCCAGUCCUCUCUUUCAACUCGCAUCUCAACGCUUUUCUGUCCGCAAAGGACCUGAACAAGCGUCAGGGUCUGGCACUUCUCACCAAGGUGGGUGAGUCGGUGAAGCAUGUGGCUGGAGGCUACAAGCUGCGGGCGCGGCCGCCCGAGUUCUGCGCCAUGGGAGAGUACCUGGACACCUUCAGCCAGAAACUGGGCACCAUCGACCGCAUCGCCCAGAGGAUCCUCAAAGAGCAGUCAGAGUACCUAGCGGAGCUGCGCGAGUACGGCACAGUCUACUCCGGCUGGACCAGCUCGGAAGAGGAGCUGCAGCGCCCCCUGGAGGGGGUGGGGAGCUCCGUUUCCACGUGUUGCGGGGCUGUGGACGAGCUGUGUGAGAACAUGGGCCAGGACUUCCUGCCUGUUCUCAGAGAGUAUAUGCUCUACAUCGAGUCAAUGAAGAAUGUUUUGAAGAAGCGUGACCAAAGUCAGGCAGAGUACGAGGGUCGCUUGGAAGCCGCCGUGCUACGCAAACAGGAGGACAGAACGCCAAUGCCACCCGAGGUGGAGCGAUGCCAGGACAAGGUGGAAUGUUUCAAUGCCGACUUGAAGGCCGACUGGGAGCGUUGGCAGAGCAACAAGCGACACGACUUCAAGCAGCUUCUUAGUGGCAUGGCUGACAAAAACAUAAAUUACUAUGAGAAGUGCCAAGCAGCCUGGGAGUCACUGCUAAGUGUCCUGCAGGACAAACAGACUGAGGACCAAACCAGUGAGACGGACUGAAGCAUCUGGUCAGGCUGGCCUGUUGGCUUUCAUCCAUCACACUUUUUCACGCCAAGAACCAGACGGGCCUUUGGCCCCCAACUGAAGGACCGUGUCCCCGUUCUCCUGACUUGACUGUCAUUAUCGGACUUUUCCAGGAGUCUGUGAACGCAGCAUACAGUAUGUGUAUGUGACCAGCGGCGACCUCCUAGCUACAGACAUUCUUUUUGUCACUGCUCUUUUUCUACUUCAUAUCACCUGAUAACAGUUUCCAAUGCUGCUUAUUUCACCACGCACUAAAGAGGCGUGUUUCAUUUUUUUUCCCUCAUCAUAUUUACAGUUUGAGACAAGGGUACUCUUCUUCCCCCGCCUCCUUGGCCAGAUACUAUCAUUCAGAUUCCAGUCAGCAACCUGCAGAUAAAGCCACAAACACAUUCCUCCUCGUUUACCUGUUAAGGUUGUUUUCCAAAGGUUUUUAAAUGUGGUUUUUGUCCUUCCACUUGAGUCGAAUCACUUAAAAAAAAAAUCAAUUUGCAGAAAGCUGAACCUUGGCGCAGUGUCUGCGUUUCACAUCGUGGCCUUGGAAGUGCUGCAGCAUCUUUGCGCAACAGCCUCAGGCGAGCCUGUUCGCCGUCUGCUUCCCAUUUGAUUCACAUCCUUCAAGUCAAACAGAGCUCUCACAGUGGAAGGCUGAGCUCCAUUGGAUCGAUCUCAGUAACGAUUAGCUUGCCACUAAAUCACUCUGACUAAUUACAACACACUUUCUAGCUCAUCAUCUCCACUGUAGCGCAAGGGAAAUGAUUUGAAAGAGAAACUGUACGGCAGCUUUAGCGGGUGGCAUCUUCUUGUCUUUAAAUGUUUCUUAAAUUACCUUGAUUUUAAAAAAAAAAAAAAAAAAAAAAAAAAAGUCCACUUAUCCAAACGUGGAGACCUCACACUUGAUAGAUUGCUUGGAACAAUAUGAAAACACUGCAGUGGAUUAACAGCGUACUGGAUGACAUCUAGUGGUAAACAAGGAUUUAUCCAUUUUAUAUUGCAAAUCUCUGCGACCGCUUCCCAGUCAUUUGCAUUUAUUUUGUAGUUAUUACCUCGUUUACAGUGGAAAUGACCUCUCAGUUCAGUUUCAAAUAACUCAAUAAUUUGACAGUCAUUCAAAACUGUGCAUUAUUGUUGCAAGUGCAGAUUGUUUUGCUACAGAUACUGUAUAGUACAGUUAUACAAAGUGAUUCAACCACUAUUGUAAAUUACAUUUAUUUGCUUUCAAUAGAUGGCCACUUCUAAAUAAACAAUUGCCACUUGCAAUGUUAGCUAUCUUGAGCUAUUUAAGUUUUUUGGUUGAAGUUUGUCACUAUUUUAAAUGCAAUUUCAAUGGGGAUUUUAAUGUAUGACUAAUUUGCAGUGCAACAGGAUGUUCCUAAUACUAAAAGUCUGGUCUGGUCCUGUUCAGAGGCUACAGUAACUUAGAUGUGAAGUUGAAAAGCACAAGUAUGAGGGGAUUGUAAUUCUCAGUCAUGUUCUGAUCAGAUUUCAGCUUGCCUUCUGAGCAAAUGCUCUGCUGUACUUUGGCUUGAAUCUAAUUACGAGCGUACGUUUGCUGAAGUGUGACAGUAAUUGAUCUGUUGAUACUUUGGACUGAAUGUCACAUUAAUUAAUAUUUAAGAAUAAAUGAUUAAAACUGUCACAUUUAGGUAGAAUUCUCCUUUGUGUAAUCUAACCCAAAUGUACAGCUGAGAAUUUUCUCGGUGGGUACAAUUUAAUGUGAAAGUGUAACCGUUAUAGAAGGGUUGAAACAUUGUCGUUUACAAUAUUAAGCUAAUAUACUGAAAGAAUUGACUUUGUUGUUGAUUGAAUCAGUGAUGCUAAUUUGAACCUCAACAGCAUAUCUUGUGUUUUUGUUAUAGCUUCACGUUAGAGUUUGCCUGCUGAUUCCUGCCUGAUUUUUUUUUUUUUAAAUUUCUGUUCAUCAUGUAUGUGUUGCCAAAAGUUACAAUGCUGGUGGAAAUUUUCCUUUGGAUUUUGAUCAUGCAGAAUGUUGAAACCCCAAAUGACGACAAAAUGAUGACUGCCAAGAUUUCUUUGAAUCUGCAAAUCUUUAAAAAAAAUGAAAUUACUAAGCCCUAAUUUCCUCAUCAUUUCCUUCAUGACAUCACAGGAAUAAUAUUAUCACGUUAAUUAUUUUUCAAAAAGCUAAGUGCUAAUGACUUCAAUUCUUUUCUGCCUUUUUACCCCCUGAUGUUUACAUUAUGCUUUUGGUCCAUUUUGUACACUUGAACAUCUUGUAAUUACAUAUAAAUAUAAAGCCUGUAUAUUGAUGUUGUUUUGAUGCAAUUAUCUUUAUGUCAAACUAUUUUGGAAUAUAUUGGAACAAUAUUAAAAUAAAUUGAUUUGA